UAGUUGCCCGGAUGUAGUUGGUGGAGCGGCAGCGGCGGCACCGGCGGCGGCGGCGGGAGGAGGAGGAGGAGGAGAAGGACCAGGCAGCAGCGGCGGCGGCGGGGGGGAGGAGGGGAGGAAGCGGCGGAGCAGAAGGAGAGGAAGGCGGAGGUAGCAGUCGCUCUCCGCAGGGCUGAGCCGGACGCGUCUUCUUACCCCCCUCCCCCCGGUUCGCGCUGCCGCCGUGUAGUUGGCGCCGCUGCCCGGGCUGAGAGUGAGCGUGGUGUCGACCGAGGGAGAUGGCCCGGGAGCGCCGGCGCCAGUAACGAGGAGGUGCUGAGAGUCGCCCAGGGCGCGCCUGGCCCUGGUGCCGGGGCUGCCGCCCGCCCGCCGCCGCCUGCGCGCCCGCCCGCCCGCCUUUCGCGGCCGCUCUCCCCCCUCCCCGACACACACUCACAGGCCGGGCAUUGAUGGUAAUGUAUGCGAGGAAACAGCAGAGACUCAGUGAUGGCUGUCACGACCGGAGGGGGGACUCGCAGCCUUACCAGGCACUUAAGUAUUCAUCGAAGAGUCACCCCAGUAGUGGUGAUCACCGACAUGAAAAGAUGCGAGACGCCGCAGAUCCUUCACCACCAAAUAAAAUGUUGCGGAGAUCUGAUAGUCCUGAAAACAAAUAUAGUGACAGCACAGGUCAUAAUAAGGCCAAAAAUGUGCAUACUCACAGAGUUAGAGAGAGGGAAGGUGGGACCAGUUACUCUCCACAAGAAAAUUCACACAACCACAGUGCUCUUCAUAGUUCAAAUUCACAUUCUUCUAAUCCAAGCAAUAAUCCAAGCAAAACUUCAGAUGCACCUUAUGAUUCUGCAGAUGACUGGUCUGAGCACAUUAGCUCGUCUGGGAAAAAAUAUUACUACAAUUGUCGAACAGAAGUUUCACAAUGGGAAAAACCAAAAGAAUGGCUUGAAAGAGAGCAGAGACAAAAAGAAGCAAAUAAGGUGGCAGUUAAUAGCUUCCCAAAAGAUAGGGAUUACAGAAGAGAGGUGAUGCAAGCAACAGCUACUAGUGGGUUUGCCAGUGGAAUGGAAGACAAGCAUUCCAGUGAUGCCAGUAGUUUGCUCCCACAGAAUAUUUUGUCUCAGACAAGCAGACACAAUGACAGAGACUACAGACUGCCAAGAGCAGAGACUCACAGUAGUUCUACGCCAGUACAGCACCCCAUCAAACCAGUGGUUCAUCCAACUGCUACCCCAAGCACUGUUCCUUCUAGUCCAUUUUCGCUACAGUCUGAUCACCAGCCAAAGAAAUCAUUUGAUGCUAAUGGAGCAUCUACUUUAUCAAAACUGCCUACACCCACAUCUUCUGUCCCUGCACAGAAAACAGAAAGAAAAGAGUCUACAUCAGGAGACAAAUUGGUAUCACAUUCUUGCACAACUCCUUCCACUUCUUCUGCCUCUGGACUGAAUCCCACAUCGGCACCUCCAACAUCUGCAUCGGCAGUCCCUGUUUCUCCUGUUCCACAGUCACCAAUACCUCCAUUACUUCAGGACCCAAAUCUGCUUAGACAGUUGCUUCCUGCUUUGCAAGCCACGUUGCAGCUCAAUAAUUCUAAUGUGGACAUAUCCAAAAUCAAUGAAGUUCUUACAGCAGCUGUGACACAAGCUUCACUGCAGUCUAUAAUUCAUAAGUUUCUUACUGCUGGACCAUCUGCUUUCAACAUAACAUCUCUGAUUUCUCAAGCUGCUCAGCUCUCUACUCAAGCCCAGCCAUCUAAUCAGUCUCCAAUGUCUUUAACGUCUGAUGCUUCAUCCCCAAGAUCCUAUGUGUCUCCAAGAAUAAGCACACCUCAAACUAACACAGUCCCUAUCAAACCUUUGAUUAGUACUCCUCCAGUUUCAUCACAGCCAAAGGUUAGUACUCCAGUAGUAAAGCAAGGACCAGUGUCACAAUCAGCCACACAGCAGCCUGUAACUGCUGACAAGCAGCCAGGUCAUGAACCUGUUUCUCCUCGAAGUCUUCAGCGCUCAAGUAGCCAGAGAAGUCCAUCACCUGGUCCAAAUCAUACUUCUAGUAGUAAUGUAUCAAAUACAGCAGUUGUACCACAGAAUUCAUCUGCCCGACCUGCGUGUUCAUUAACACCUACACUAGCAGCACACUUCAAUGAAAAUCUCAUAAAACAUGUUCAAGGAUGGCCUGCAGAUCAUGCAGAGAAGCAGGCAUCAAGAUUGCGUGAAGAAGCUCAUAACAUGGGGAGCGUUCACAUGUCAGAAAUUUGUACUGAAUUAAAAAAUUUAAGAUCUUUAGUCCGAGUAUGUGAAAUUCAAGCAACUUUGCGAGAGCAAAGGAUACUAUUUUUGAGACAACAAAUUAAGGAACUCGAAAAGCUUAAAAAUCAGAAUUCCUUCAUGGUGUGAAGAUGUGAAUAAUUGCACAUGGUUUUGAGUACAGGAACUGUAAAUCUGUUGCCCAAUCUUAACAUUUUUGAGCUGCAUUUAAGUAGACUUUGGACCGUUAAGCUGGGCAAAGGAAAUGACAAGGGGACGGGGUCUGUGAGAGUCAAUUCAGGGGAAAGAUACAAGAUUGAUUUGUAAAACCCUUGAAAUGUAGAUUUCUUGUAGAUGUAUUCUUCACGUUGUAAAUAUGUUUUGUAGAGUGAAGCCAUGGGAAGCCAUGUGUAACAGAGCUUAGACAUCCAAAACUAAUCAAUGCUAAGGUGGCUAAAUACCUAGCCUUUUACAUGUAAACCUGUCUGCAAAAUUAGCUUUUUUAAAAAAGAAAAAUUGGGGGGGUUAAUUUAUCAUUCAGAAAUCUUGCAUUUUCAAAAAUUCAGUGCAAGCGCCAGGCGAUCUGUGUCUAAGGAUACGAUUUUGAACCAUAUGGGCAGUGUACAAAAUAUCAUGAAACAACUGUUUCCACACUUGCACCUGAUCAAGAGCAGUGCUUCUCCAUUUGUUUUGCAGAGAAAUGUUUUUCAUUUCCCAUGUGUUCCAUUUCCCUCUGAAAUCCUUGAUCUGAUUUUAUCCAUUUUUUUAAGGCUCCUCUUUUUCUCCUUUCUUAAGGCACUGUUGCUAUGGCACUUUUCUAUAACCUUUUCAUUCCUGUGUACAGUAGCUUAAAAUUGCAGUGAUUGAGCAUAACCCACUUGUUUGUAUAAAUUAUUGAAAUCCAUUUUGCACCCUGUAAGAAUGGACUUAAAAGUACUGCUGGGCAUGUGUGCUGAAAGUACAUUGAUUGCUCAAAUAUAAGGAAAUGGCCCAAUGAACAUGGUUGUGGGAGGGGAAAGAGGAAAGAAACAAAGCUAGUCAGAUGUGAAUUGUAACUGUUGUAAUAAACAUGUUGAAACAAACAACAAAUUGUUAUUUUUCUUUUCCUUCGGUCAGUGCAUAUUAGAAUUUGAACUACCUGGGGAUUCUUUAUCAGAACUAUUCUUGUUGACUAUUUAUACUUAAUUGAUAUAAUUCCUUAAGGGAAGUUUUGUUUAAAACAUUAACAAAUUGUGUAUAAGAUAUUUAAUGAAAUAUGAAAUUCAACAAGAAAUGAUUAAGUCACUUCCCCAGUGGUUGUCUUUUGUUAAACCCUGGUUUACCUGUCUUGCUAUUAUGACAUUUCAUUUUGAAGGAUGUUUGUGUUGUAGCUAACUGUUCAAGUCUGGUGCUGACUGCUGUUCUUAGCCAUCACAAAACGCUAAAUUUGUGUAAUUGGAGCUUCCUGCUGUUAUCUGGAAAUGGUGGGAAAGCUCAGCUUUGUAUAUUGUUUCCUAAAGUAUAUUAAAAUAAAAAAAGAAACUAUUGCUACUAUAAUUUACCUUGGCUUUUUUUUCUUUGCUAAAAAUGUUAGUCACAUGGCCUUAGCAUGACACUGCCAGAUUGUAUCAAAUGACAAAGAGUUUCUGUAUGCAGAAAAGUCUUUUGACUUCAAUUUUUUAAAAUAAUUUUUUAUGUGGUGCUGAGGAUCGAACCCAGUGCCUCACGCUUGCAAGGCAAGCACUGUACCACUGAGCUACAACCCCAGCCCGACUUCAAAAUUUUUAACAUCUUAGAGGGUUUUUUGUUGAGACAGAUAUGUGCUUCCAGAACUGCCAGCACCAAGGGCUUAUUUUUGAUGUUUUACAUCAACAUCAAUGUUAUUACUUUCUGAGAUAUAAAAUUUCAAAAUUGCUCUUGUGCUUUAAUCAUUUAUACUAUAGAAAUGAACAUUCGAAAUUUUCAGUAAAUAUAAAAAGUAAAAUGUAAGCAAUAGUAUUGUUUUCUGAAAUACACAAAAAUGUUCCAGUGUUACUGAGAGGAAUUAAAAUCUUAUACUGGAAGCUGACUCUUUUUUCUUGUAACUUAAUACUUUUAAAUGUAAGAAAAGAUAAAUGUCAUGAAUCAUAUUGUCAUGAAAUGUUCAUACCUGUGAGAUUGUUACCAUUUGCUGAACUUCAUUAGUGCAUGUAAAUGAAACCCUGAAGAGCUAUGUUAAGCUAGAACUCUUACUGUAUCUUUUCUGGGGGAAAAAAAUGAGCAAUGUGUAAUGUUAUAGGAAAUGUUUUCUGAUCAGAUGGCAACUUGUGGUUUAGGUGAAUUUAAGUUUUGUUUGCAAAUAGUUUGUCACUCUGUCCCUUUGUUUUAAAAGUUGCUUAUAUUCUUGAAUAGUCACACAUUCAGGACAAAAUGCCUAAUUUGAAAUUUCUUAGUGGUAAACUUUUAAACAGAAUUUUUCUUGUGGAAAUAUUUUUAUAAUAUUUGAUCCACUUACGAUUCUGUAGUAAAUUAUUUUAAAUAUUGCACUUUAAUACAGACAUGAUGUCCAGCUCCUAACCUACUUGAGGUAACUAGGGAAUAUCCACUAGAAUAGGCACAAUACUCUGGAAUAUUUAUUUAGUUGGCUUGUUAGGAAUUUGAACAUGUACCUUCAUUCAGAUAAUGUGAAAAUAGGGAUACUGAAUAGCCCUAGUAACUUUAGAGGUCCCCCCAUUUUAAAAGACAAAUAGUCUAUAUUCAAAUCUUAAGAACUGCAAUUGUAGUAAGUAUGAUGGUGGGCCUGUUAGUCUUUACCCUGAAGAACCAGCUUUCGCUUUUCCCCUUUAACCAAACUUGUCUUUAAAACUUAGACCGUGAUUUCAAAUUUUAAGCACACUGAACUCCAUUUGCCACCAUUUUUUCAAGACUUCUUUUAAUAGCUAGAGUGGCCUUUUCUUCUUAAAAAAAGAAAUUAUAUAUAUAUAAUUAUUUAGAUACCCCCCGCCCAUGCUUGUAAAAUCUUAGAAGGGAAUCAUUUAAAAUCUUGGAAAGAGUCACUCCAUUUCAAAAACUUUAAUGUUCUGUUUGAAAACAACCUUAGCUUUAAAGGGACUACUUCAAAGGGGAGAGUGAAGGACGGCCCGUAAUUUCAGUGCAUACUAGACUCUUGUAGUUCAGGACUUGAAGCUACUGUAUUUAGAAGUUGGGUUUGAAUAUACAGAUUUCUUUUCGAUACCUGUAAAUAUGCCUAUAUUCUUGUAUUUGUACGGGAGUGUACAAAAAUGACACUAAAAAGUAAUAAAUAUGUUUUGAUUAUA